AUGGUUCGUGGUCAAGUCUCAACUGAGGACGUGACGAAGCGAUUGAAGGAGAUCGAGUCAAGCUUGACGACAACAACAACGACGACGGCAGGAUUGCAAGACGCGGCACAUGUGGUAACUCACGCGGCAAGACAAGCACCGACCAACACUCUAGAGGUCUACACGGGCGAGCCUGAAGGGAGCGAGGAAACUGAAGCUUUACAUCGACUUUUGAAGCAAAGCUGCGUCGAGAUGGCGAUGAAUCGCAUCGAUGGCGACGAGGAGCUGUUUGUCGGCGGCAUUUGGGCACUGCGCCGCCCGUCGGCACUGAAGGGGCGCAACAUCACGCACAUCCUCUCCGUGCUGCGCUUCGACCCUGCCGGUCUCAAGAGCGAGACCGACACCUGGGAGAACUACGGAAAAAGCUACAAGCAUAUGGUCAUCGACGUCGACGACGUCGAGGACGAGGACCUGCUCGUUCACCUGCCCAAGGCCGUGCGUUUCAUCGAGGAUGCGCUGUACCCUGGCAGCAGCAAGACGAGUGUCGUGGACUGGCCCGAGGAGGAGGCCCAGAAGGACAAGAGCUUCCAGGAGAAGGCCAAACGCUUGAAGGCGGCCGUGGUCAAUGACCUGGAAACUGAGUCCGAUUCCGAGAAAGAGACUGCUUCAGCGGCGGCGGCGACGAAGCCCACGGAUCCGGACGCCAUCACCCCUGUCCCCCUUUUCCAGGACCUGAACCUUGGCUCUAAUGGAGAGAGGCCGGACAGCGACACCCCGGGCGCCGUCUACGUCCACUGCGCCAUGGGCAAGUCCCGCUCCGUCUCCGUCGUCGUCGCCUACCUCCUCUGGAAACAUCCAUCCCGUUUCGGCCGGUCCGCGACUUCGACCGCCGCCGCGCAAAAGGGAACAUCAGUAGGGGGUGCAUCCAAGCCCGCCGACGAAGCAGCAGCAGCGCAAGAGAGGGCGUCGGCCGCCGUGGCCGCCGCGGUGAAGUGGGUCCGCAACACGCGGGAGAUUGCGGAGCCGAACCUGGGCUUCAUCCGGCAGCUCGAGAUGUGGUGGGCCAUGGGGUGCCCCGAGGACGUGGCGUCCCAUCCGAUCUACAAGCGGUGGGAGUUCCGGAGGGAGAUUGACGAGAGUCUUGCCGCGGGCCAGGCGCCGAGCCGGCUGCGGUUCGAGGACGAGGAGACGAGCAAGGAGGAGGCGGAGAGCGUUAGGGGAAUGGAGGUGCGGUGCAAGAAGUGUCGCAAGACGCUGGCUACGCCGCGCUUCGUUCUCGAUCAUGAGCCUGAUACCUCCAGGGGGCGGCCGCAGCAGCAGCAGCCGUGCGGACAUGUGUUUGUGGAGCCGCUGGGGUGGAUGAGGGAGGAACUGGAGAAGGGGACGCUGGAGGGGCGGCUGUCGUGCCCGAAUCAGAAGUGCGGUGCCGCCGUGGGGAGGUAUAGCUGGCGGGGGUUCCGGUGCAGCUGCGGCGGGUGGGUUACGCCGGGGUUCAGUCUGCAGAAGGGGCGCGUGGACGAGGUUGCUGCGAGGGUUCCUGGGGCUGGGGGCGCGGCGGGCAUGGCGUCUAUGGGGAUCCGGAUGCCGCCUGGCUCGGGGAGGCUGUAG